AGUUAAUAUCUCGUACGGGUCAUAGGUUUGUAAAAAAUAUUAAAUUAUCGGACUACAAAAACCAUUACGUCGCUCAUCAUAUCGGAAUUUCUUAUCAUACGCCUUUUACUGAACCGGUCUCGUUGAGUUCAUAACAGGUUGCGACCCACAUCCACUAACUUUCUUUAUAUCCAAAAACUGUUUACAACUUGUCAGUUUGAAUAAUUUUGACGGAACUGGUUAAAUCCGUUACCCGUUUAAAUGUUUGUCAGAGAUGUCAAUGUGUCAAGUAGUGGACGAAGAAUAGAAGUCACUUGCGUUUUUUUUUUUGACUAACAGGUUAAGUGGUCACAACUCACAAGGCACUCCAGCGUAUUUUAUAUCUAUAUUAUUAGCAGUUUUUAAUGUAUUAAGAAAGUGAUACGUGUGAAAGAAAGCUCUAUACUUAAAGGUAGCGGCCGAGAGCAGAUAAUAUUACAGCGACAGAUAGUCAACAAUGACAUAAUAGUGACAACAAAAUGGCGUUACGUUUAAAAAAGGACAUAAAGAAGGCUUCUUACUACGUGUGGUUCCUUGGAGCUCAAGAGUCUCGCGGGUUGAGGGGUCAGGAGUUCGCAGUUCCAGCGAUACGGCUGUUGGAAGAAAGAGCCAGGGACUUGGAGCCAUUCAAAGUAACACUGCAGGUCUCCCACAAAGGGCUUAAAAUCAUUCAGAAUGUGACAGCGAAGGGCAAGCAGCAGACUAUCAAGCACUUCAUACCACACGGAAGCAUCACCAGCGCUGUGGUACAAGGAGACGUGGUUGCCUGCGUCCUGCUGCUGUAUAACCCGAUCACCGGCUGUCCAGUCCAUGUCCAUGCUUACAGAUGUGAUUCGGAUCACACUGCAGAAAUGCUGUAUACCCACCUUCUCGCGUUGAUCGAACGUCCUGAGAACCAAAAGAAGUUUGCUGAUAUAGAGAAAAAACUUCAAAUGCGAGGAGCAUUACCAACCAAGAAACCUCCAGACUCGUCCCUUGGCAGCGAAGUUUCCAGGGAGUCUGACUCCGGAAGUACUGAAGAUAGAAACGUUGCUAAUCUAUAUGAUAGCCUCGCUGCUGAGCUCAAACAGAAGUUGUCUACAGGUAAAAAGGGAAUAGGUAAAAGUCCUAUCCUUCUUCCACCUCGAGAUUAUGACACGGUACAUCGCCAGAAAGGCAACCUGAGUAAUAUAGACACGCGUCGCUGUCUAAACCAAAACAUCGUAGGGAUCAACGCACGUCGGAAGUUGGAAUCCUCAGGCGGCAGUUCCGGGAUUGGCAGCGAUCUGGCUCCAUCCCCCGAGAGGAACGAAUACCCACGACAUGACAAUCACAGCACAAGCGAAGAGGAUUGGGCUGAGAGCACUGCUUAUAUGAUGCAUGAAGCUUUUGAUGCUUCUCCUCGGCGAGCUUCACCUCCUCGUCGGAUUUCACCUCCUCGUAGAGCUUCACCGAUGCGUCGGACUUCACCUACUCGUCGCCCAUCACCAACACGUCGGCCAUCACCAACUCGUCGGACUUCUCCACCUCGUCGUGCACUCUCUCCUCGCUACGACAGAUCUUAUAAUGAUGAUUUCAAUGAUCAUUUCCGCGACCAACUGGCUCCCUUUCGCGAUCAAACUUUUGAACGUCGUUUCCGUCAUGAAUCUCUGGAACGCGUUAACAAGGAUAAAACAGAUAAAUUCGAAGAGGAACCUGUAAACUAUCGACGCAGGUUCAUUCCAGACACUAAACCUUCCAACCGUAGCAUAGACAGAGUAGAGGAUCGACGAUUUGGCAAACUGCAGCGGGGGGCCAGCGAAGGUAGUCUAAAAGUAAAUGAUGUCACCCCUAAAGAAAGAUUCAAUGUGGCUAAAGAAAAGUUUAUGAAUCUAGAAAGGGAAAGGUUUAACAGGGAACUGGAAGCACACAUGGCAAUGAGACGCAGCAUGCUAGAAAGAAACGGUCGCUCGACUUCUUCUCCAGAGGAAGAAAUUAGGGAUGAGCGUCCAGAGCGUCACAGAGAAUCUGGUGCUCGCAGAGAAAACGAUCGCUCUCAUAGAGACUUGGAUCGUUCACAUAGAGAACCAGAACGACGCAAAGAAGAGAGAGUGCGUGACUUGGGAACAACCGAUUUAGGUCAUAGAGAAAUAGAAAGACUACCUCGUGUUGGACGAAAACGUGAUGAAGUCAAGAGGUACGAGUAUGGGACAGAAGAUUAUUUGAACAGAAGCGAACCAAAAGCACAUAGGGAUGAAUACGAUCGGUAUAGAGAGAGGAGAGAAUUAGACCGCCGUAUUGACGAAGACGAGGUUAUUGAGCCAGUCAUUGAAGAGAGAAAGAGAGAUUGGACUGACCGACAAAGAGCGUUCAGUCGUUCCCGUUUGUUGGAUGAACAGCGGCAGUCCUACGCCGAAGGAGACAGGGAUAGGUUCUUCGACAGGGAUUACAGAGAUUUCCGUGAUUUAGCCGAAAGACAACCAGCGAAGUUCAGACACAGCUACGCUGAACCUAUACCUCGAGGCAGGCUCGGUACUGUCAGACCUUAUUAAUGCCAUAGUAGAAAUAUAGAAGACAUCACCUGUUAAAGCAUGUUGUGACGAUGAUUAUAUUGUAAUCAAAAAACGUAUAGUUUCACAUAAGAUCAAUAUUGUGUUAUUAAUUAAUUAUUAUUUGUCAUUCAUUGGCACGUCAUUGUCAUCGGUUUUUGUGUAACAUUGUAAAUAAUUUUGUGAGAGUUCUUGUAUUACUUUAUUAUUAUCAAUCCGUUAUAUGAUAAAUGAAAUUAUAUUGUAUAGCUAGUCUUCUUAAAGUUAUAUACAUAUAAUAUAUAUUCAUUUAUAGAUAAUUAUUUUAUGCAAUUUGACUUUAACUAUUGUUAAAAAUAAUAAGAAUAAUGCAAGCAAAUGCAGCAUCUACGUGACGUUUUAUAUUACAAUACGGCUAUGUAUUUGCUUUUAGUUAUCUUAUUAAACCUCAUAUAUAAUCCACAAAUACACUAACAAAUUAAUUGAAACUAUAAAAACUCCAUAGAUUUUGACGAAUCAAAUAAAGACUAAUUUCAAAUUGCAUAUCAUCGUUUUUAUCAUGUAUCUAAUUAUGUAUAAUGAAUUAAAAGAUAAAAAAAGAGAAAAUGAAUUUUAUAUACUGUUUGAAUACCACUGUGUUAUGUAAAAGAAACCUUUUAUUUUUAAAAAAUAAUUAUUAAUACUCAUAUAACGUCACAUAUAAUAUUUGUAAAUAUAAAUUAUAAUAACAUGUGUAAGGGAAUAUAACAUAACAAUUAUAUGAACAGACGAUUUAAUGAACAAAAUAUAUAUAAAGCGAAUAAAUUGUUUCUUUUGCAUUUUAUUUUGUUAGUUCGGAACAAUUAUUAGUUUAAGUGAUUAUUGGAAACGUUAAGACAUGGCUUCUGACCAGUGUACUUGUAUUGUAGAGAUGUAACGUAACUGACAAUGUAUCUUUGAAGUGUUAAUAAAUGUUUAUUGAUUA